AUGAGCUUGCACCAACAAAAACGUUCGUCCAUUGUACAACCUCGUCCAACCAAAGCGUCAAUGUUGCGUCAACAAGGUCAACCAUCCAGUCCUACUCCUUCCCCUGCUGCUGCUGCUGAUGUGUCACGUUCCCGGGAUUCGACAACUGUCAAAAAGAGCGUCUCGAGGGGUCCUCAAGCUAAAGCAUCCGAGGGGAUUCGAGCAUUCAUGGCUAGCAAGCGUGCUGCUGCCCAACAGCAACGAAAGACGGCUUCACAACCAUCCACGCCAUCCACACCAAGAAAUCGUGUCAUGACAGGUGCCGACCGUUAUACGUUUGAUGAUGAGGACGCUUUUGGUCAACCAUCCUCGAAACCCAAUCUCAAGAUUCAGACCAUCAUCAAGCAAGCAAAGUCUUCAGGAAAACUCAACAUCUCCAACCGAGAAUUGGCAACGAUUCCCGAGGAAGUUUGGUCAAUGUACCACGUGGAUCCAAACAAGAUUGUUGUUGAUUUCAGUUCCUCAGGUGAUGCUUGGUAUGAUUCGACAGAGCUCAACAAGUUUAUUGCGACGAACAACGAGAUCACUGAACUUGACGAGAAGAUCGGUACCGAAUUUGGAGCUUUGACCUUGAUCGAUAUGCGGAACAAUCAGCUAUCAUCGCUACCUGACACGUUGAAUCAGCUGAGCCAAUUGACAGUAUUGCAUUUGUCACACAAUGCUUUUGAGACCAUUCCUUCAAGCGUGUUUGAUCUUGUCAAGCUAAGGGAUUUGGACUUGGCUCAUAACAAGUUGCGUGUGGUGCCAUCGGAUAUUGGAAGAUUGUCGCAAUUGGAGAUUUUGAACUUGAACGACAACCAACUACAAGAGAUGGCCGCUGAUGUGGGACAGUUACACAAGCUCCGUAAGCUCUAUCUAAGCGAGAAUCAACUUGUGGAGUUACCAGCUGUGGAGUCAUUGAAUGGAUGGCAAAAAUUGGAAGAGUUACAUGUAUCCAACAACCAAUUACGCGUGCUUUUCAAAGGAUCAUCCACUGCUGAUGGAAUUGCCUUACCAAAAUUGACUCGUUUGGAUGCACAUCAAAAUAGCAUGACGACUCUGACAGAUGAAGGAUGCAGCAAAGUGAUUUCUCUCCCUAAUCUCAAGGAAUUGCUCUUGGCUUAUAACCAGCUAUCCGACGAUACAAGCAUCUCAUUACUCAACAGCGCCCCUGAAAUCCAAACGCUUGACAUCUCUUCGAAUCUCUUUGCCGAUAUUCCAUCCACCGUACUUGAAUUGCGUGAAUUGAUACGAUUGGAUGUUAGUGCAAAUCAUCUACGUGUCCUUCGUCCUGAUUUGGGCAAGCUUGAGCAUCUUGCAGUGAUCAAUUGGGAAGGCAAUCCACUUCGCUCGGUGCCUAGGAAUGUGACUAUGGUGGAGCUCAUUGAAUCGUUGCGAUCAAAAAUGACAUUGGAAGAAGAAAAGGGCAACGAAGCAGCAAAUGAUGAUGAUGCCACGACCAACAGGGAUGCAGGGGGAUUGGUUGCACCAGCAGCUGAUUCAACCGAUGAAAAGGUGGAUGAACCAACAACAACACCUACCAUUGUGCGUGCGAGUGGAACACUUGAUCUAUCAAACCAGCAGCUGGAUGAUGUGACGCAUGAUGCACUGACUCAAUCCAACAUGACACCUGCAACCCUCCAAUUGCAUCACAAUCGAUUGCAAGAUAUACCAACGACGCUUGAUUUGUUCGCGAAUACCCUGGUUCACCUUCAUCUCCACCACAAUCGUAUAUCCCAACUAUCGUUGACUACUACUACAUCCUCAUUCCCGAUUUUUGCAUCACUCAAGACCCUUUCUCUUGCCAACAAUCGUAUUGCUUCGAUUGAAGCUACGCCUGAAGCUGAACCUAUUUUCCCCAAGCUUGUUGAACUCGACGUUAGCUACAAUGCUUUGACCAUUUUACCCGAGGAUUUGACCACACAUUUACCAUCGCUUCGCACGCUACGAGCAAACACGAACCAAAUCGGCAAAAUCUCUGCAACAAGCUUAGAGAAUUUGGAAGUGAUUGAUCUUGCCAACAACGACAUUGCUUAUCUACCACCCGAGAUUGGUCGUAUUCGCAGUAUCAAAGAGCUGAUGUUGUAUGGUAACAGAUUCCGUAUUCCACGACCUACAGUGUUAGAUCAAGGCACACAAGCCGUACUCGAAUUCCUUCGUCGUAGAUUAGGUGAAUAA